AUGGGAAAGAAUGCCGUCGAGCGAGUUCUUAUUGAGUUAUUUUAUCCCCACCUGAAUUUCGGACAAGUUUCGUUCGGUAUCUCGUCUUUCAGAGUCGACAUUUUGUCUCGCGAUAAGCGCAGUCGUCAAGGAAUGGGUGAAAGAUUUGGCGAAGCAGCGGAGGUUGCCGGACUUGCUAAUAAACUCGUCUGGUGGAAACGUGUUUCCGUUCGGCUCUUUCAAGCUUGGCAUUCACACCCCGGGGGCGGAUAUAUAGAUGCUCAGUGUGUCUCCCCGCGCCACGUUGAGCGUUCCGAUUUCUUCACUAGUUUCGUCGACUUCCUCCGAGCCACGUCGGGUGUAUCUGAUAUCAGGCCGAUCGAAAACGCUUAUGAUGUGCCAGUAUUGAAACUGAAGCUGGAUGGCAUUGAAUUGGAUUUCGUGUUCACAAAACUACCAAUCGCGGCUUAAGUUCGGGACAAUCUGAAUUUAGACUAUUCUUAUCACGUCGCACCGUCCGACCCGAAAUGCUUGCGAAGCUGGAACGGGUGUCGUGUUACCGACGAAAUCCUCGGAGUCGUUCCUUACCAUCAGGACCAUUUUCGGGUCACGCUUAGAGCUGUACGACUGCAUGGGCAAAACGGGCAAAGCGCCGGAUGCGGGAUCGGCGUAAGCUGAGAAAUUUGUUUUCAACAUCCCCGCUAUACCGAAGCGGACACUGCGAUUUUGGUUAGAUCGACCUUACUGACAACGUUUUAAAUCAAUUCUUAACUUCUUUUUGCAUAUGGCUCUCGAUGGAGGUGCAUGAUGCGAAGUCGAUCCUUGACUGUGCGAAGAUCUCGCUCCGCUAGUUCAAGAUUGAAGGUCGAGCGGUGACGAGUUCAACGCGUCUCUAUCCUUUUGCGGAUUGUUGGAAAUGUCGUUGAAAUCGAGACGAUGCCGAACUUCUUUUUUUUUAUAUUUGAGUGUUGGAUUCGUUUGUAAGGUGCAUUCCAAUGCGUCCUCGCAUACUUUCAUGGUUUAGACGCCUGCGUGAAAAAAAUUGAAAAAGCAUAAAAAAAUUUUACAAAAUUCAAGACAACAGAUAAAAAAAUCUAGAAACUUGGAAAGUGUAAUAAAAAGAAAAAAGGUGGGGGAGAUCGUAUCGACUCUUUUCUGUUGGAAACUACGUGGCUUCUGUCUUACCU